GGCGCUCCCCUCCCCCCGCCCUCGCCCCCUCUGCCCCUCGGCGAGAGGGGGGCCCUUUGGCGCGGAUCCGAUUGAUGCCCGGUCCCCGGGGGAGCUGUCCUGCUCGGCGCCCCGCGCGCUCCGCCUCGCUUCGGCUCGGGCCGAACUGACCUCCCGCAGCCCGACGACCCCGGGAGCUCUCCGAUGGCCGGGAAACCGCAGCUGGGCUGGCUCGGAGGCUGGUGGACUACCGGCGUGUGCUUGGCGGCGCUGUCCUGCCCAGGCCUCUGGGCUCAGAAGGUGCUUGUCAACGAGACAGUCUCUGGCUUCAUCGGGACUGAUGUGGUCCUGCACUGCAACUUGGUCAAGAUCAACCAUACGAGGAUCACACAGGUCACCUGGCAGAAGGCCAGUAAUGGCUCCAAGCAAAAUGUGGCCAUUUACAACCCCAACAUGGGUGUCUCCAUCCUGCCCCCCUACGAGGAGAGAGUGGUCUUCCAGAGCCCCUCCAUCACAGAUGGGACCAUCAAGCUGUCCAACCUCCAGCUGGACGAUGAAGGGAUCUACAUCUGUGAGUUUGCCACCUUCCCUACUGGCAACCGGGAAAACCAGCUCAAUCUCACCGUGUUGGCCAAACCAGUGAACUGGAUGGAGGCCACCACCCGACCACUGAUUGCCAGGGCCGGCAUGACGGAGAAAAUCCUGGUGGCUACCUGUAUAUCCUCCAACGGGAAACCUCCCAGCACCGUGACCUGGGACACUAAGCUGAAAGGGGAGGCAGAAUACCAGGAGAUCCGCAACGAGAAUGGUACCAUCACAGUGAUCAGCCGCUACCGUCUUUUGCCAAGCCGGGAGGCCCACCAACAGCAGUUGAUGUGUGUGGUCAACUAUCAGUUGGAGCGAUUUACUGAGAGCAUGACCCUCAACGUAUUGUAUGAACCUGAGGUGAGGAUUGAGGGUUUUGACAGCAACUGGUACCUCAACCGGAAGGAUGUGAAGCUGACAUGUAUAUGUGAUGCCAAUCCUCCUGCCACUGAGUACCAAUGGAAGGUGCUGAAUGGCUCACUGCCUGACAGUGUAGAAAUUCAAAACAGCACUCUGUUCUUCAAGGGAUCAGUCGCACACAGCCUGUCGGCAACAUACAUCUGUGAAGCCACCAACACCAUCGGCACCCGGUCUGGACAGGUGGAAGUGAAUGUCACAGAUAAGCCAUUGCCCCAGGUGGGUAUCGGAGGCAUUUUUGGAAUCCUGGGUGCUGUGAUUGCUGCUGUUUUCAUUAUUGGUGGGGCUGUUACAGUCUUCGUCAUCUACAGAAGACAAAAAAAGAAUCACUCAGACACUGACAAUGACCUGAUCGACCUCCCCUCUUCCCACAAGCCUGCUUCUCUGCCUCCCAACCAGAAGCAAGAAUUGAAAAGCCAACGGACUGCAGAGAACAUCCAGGUUGUGCACCUGGAUAACAUGAAGGAACAAGAGGAAGAGGUCCAGAAAACAUCAUCCCAGCCCCCCUAUUAUGACAUGGCAGCCACUGAGUCUACUCCACACACUGACAAGUUGAACUUUAACAAGUGUCACUUAGAGAUACCAGAUGCAGGUGAUUACCUAACCCAUCGUUCUUCACAGGAUGACCAGAACCUGCAAAAAGUACCUUCAACCUUUAGUCCCUUGUCUUAUUUCCGAGAAGAUGUCUGCUUGUUCAAUGCUUCCUCCAUGUCCUUCUGCUCUUCACCACCAGGUUCCAGUGCUCCUCUCAGUUCCCCAAAAGUGCCCUAUGUGUGAAAGAACCACAGACACCAUCAAGCAGAAGAGGGGAAAUCUUUACAUGUCUUCAACAUUCACGCACCCACCCAGGCCUUUGAUCCCUUCCCUAAUCUUCCGCAGUUAGUCGGUGUGCAUGUGUCUGUGAGUAUGAGUGAACAUUGUGACCUCCACCCUCCUCUCCCUCAUAGCUUUUUUUCCCCAUUUUUGUUCUCGUUGAAAACUAUUGGUGCAUUGGUACUUUUCAUCGUUAGGUUAAGGCUGCAAUCCUGAACAUAUCUGCUAGGGAGCAAACCCCAUGGAACACAAUGGGAAUUCUUACAAGCACAGGACU